GGUCAGCCAAUGGGGCAGUGGGGCCCGGGGGAGGCCGGCGGGGUCUGGCAAGAUGGAGGAAUACGCACGGGAACCCUGUCCCUGGAGGAUAGUAGAUGACUGUGGAGGGGCUUUCACCAUGGGAGCAAUAGGAGGAGGCAUCUUCCAGGCUAUCAAGGGCUUCAGAAACUCCCCAGUGGGUGUGAACCACAGGCUGAGGGGCAGCUUGACAGCCAUCAAAACACGAGCUCCACAGCUGGGAGGUGAGGAAUUCUGGGGUGCCAGAGGGGGUGGUGGAGGGUGACCCACGUUGGGAACA